AUUUCAGGCGCAGGAAUAAGUGCUGAAAGUGGCAUUCCAACGUUUCGUGGUGAAGGUGGCUAUUGGAGGAUAUAUCAAGCGACAGAUCUGGCUACCCCUUCAGCAUUUACUGCAAAUCCUUCGCUAAUUUGGGAGUUCUACAGCUACAGACGAGAAUUUGCUCGGACUAAAGAACCUAAUAAAGGGCAUUACGCUGUAGCUGAAUUAGAGAAGCGCUUCGCUCUUGAAAACAAGAGUGUCAUAGUUAUAACGCAAAAUAUUGAUAGGCUCCAUCAUAAAGCAGGAUCAAAAAAUGUCUUGGAGUUGCAUGGUUCUUUAUAUGAGACCCGGUGUACAAAGUGCUAUCGAAUUGAAGAAAACUGGGACAGCCCCAUUGCACCAUCGCUUGCAGGAAAAGGUUUACCUGAUCCAGAUACACCAGAUGCUCGCAUUCCCGUAGAGGAAUUGCCUAGAUGUAAAGCAUGUGGAGGACUUUUGCGCCCUAACGUUAUCUGGUUCGGAGAAAGUUUGAAUGAAGAUGUACUAGACAAAACUUGGACAGCCAUGGAUGCAUGUGAUUUUUGUUUAUUGAUUGGAACUUCUUCAGUGGUUUAUCCUGCUGCCGGAUUUGCUCCGGAGUUAGCUACCCGAGGUGUUCCGGUUGCAGAAUUUAACUUGGAAGAUACUCCUGCUACGACUAAUUUAAGAUUCCACUUCAAGGGAAAAGCUGGUGAAACCCUACCUGCAGCAAUUGUUCUAUAG